GUGGCGACGUCACUCCGUCUUCCGCUUCCGGUUCUGCAACUUCCUGUUUUCGCCUCCUACUGGAGCGUCAUUUCACACGGAGAAGGAAAAGGAAUGGUGGAGAACAGCGGCCGUACGUCUGUGUGAGCUGCGACUGUUCUGUCAGUUUUCGCCUGCCUUGCAGUAAUAGAAAAUGGUCCGGUCAAAUUCUAGGUCCCAUUCUUCAAGAUCCCGAUCGCCAUCAUCCUCACGAUCAAGGUCGCACUCGAGGAAAAAAAGAUAUAGUUCCAGAUCUAGAUCAAGAUCAUACUCUCGAUCUCGCAGCAGAGAACGUGUGUACAAUCGAGAUUUCCGCAGAGAUUAUAGGAAUAAUAGAGGAAUGAGGCGCCCCUAUGGCUUCAGGGGAAGAGCAAGAGGUUACUACCAAGGUGGAGGUGGCAGGUACCAUCGUGGUGGUUAUCGACCAAUGUGGAAUCGCAGGUACUCCCGAAGUCCUCGCCGUGGACGGUCUCGCUCUAGGAGUCCAAAGAGGCGCUCUGCUUCAUCUCAAAGAUCCAGAAGCCGAUCAUACAAGUCUUCUCCGUCACAGAGGUCAUCUUCGUCCAGAUCUUCAUCCCCUUACAGCAAAUCUCCUGAGAGAAAAUCUCGAGCUUCCCGUGAAAAACCUAAGCAAAAAACUGAAGAGGCAGAAAAAUCAAAAAGUCCCUCGAAUGAGAAAUCAGGUGAUGAAAAUAAGGAUGCUUUUGACCCAUCUGAGCCUUUAGAUGAACUUGGGAAAGAACUGGAUUUGCAUGGGGAAUGUUGGGCAGGGCUGUCUGCCUAUGAUAACAGUCCGAGGUCCCCUUGUAGUCCUUCGCCAGUAGCUUCUCCUCCUAGUGAUAGUUCUUCCCAAUCUGAUGGACCUAUUCUUAGUGCGGUCCACUCUGGUAAAGACACUACAUCUCAAAAUUCACAUUCCAUGGCCCAUAGCCCAGAAAGGUCUGGUUCUGGCUCAGGUGGCAACGGUUCAACUAGGUACAGUCCUUCACAAAACAGUCCAAUUCAUAUCCCUGUUCAAAAGAGUCCCGCAGAGACUGCUGUGCCCCCAAACACCUCACAUGAGGAAGGCCAUUCUCAGUAUUCUUUAUUCACCGAAACAGCAGAGCAAGAUGUUGCUAAAGGUACAAAGUUUCAAAAAAGAUAUACAGAUGAAGAACAUAGGUUAUUUCCAAUUGAGAAAACUAAUAGAGAGAAAGAAAGCCACAAGGAUAAGACAUUGGAUAAGACUAAAAAGGAAUCAGGCCGAAAUUGGGAUGAUCGGGAUAUGUUAGAUUAUCUUUUGGAAAAAGAGUCUAAGUCUCAGUUUUUGUCAGUUUCUGAAAGUGAAGACCUAGAGGAAGCAGAGGAUUAUAGGCAGUUUAGAAAGUCUGUCUUAGCAGAACAAGGUAAAAGCUUUUCUUCUACAUCCCAGUGGAAUGCUGAAGAAGAAGGGACUAAGUAUAAGUCCAAAGCUGUGACAAAGAGCAAUAAGGAAGGAGAAAAGAUCAGGGAGGGCAAGGGACAUAAGGUGGCCACCAAAGAGAAACAUAAAGAUGAUGAUAAAAGUGGUAAAAAGGAGUCCAAGUCGCCUGACCCAGCUCUGUUGGAUAAGAUGAAAAACCCAUUCAGUUGCAAUUUUCCUUUACACCCAAGUGAUGAAGUGAGGGAGAAAGUAGUGUUUAGGGAAGAUAGUCCACUUAGGAUCAGAGUGAUAGCAACAGAAUCUCACCAUCCUGAGGUUAAAGUUCGGAUACCCGCGGUUCCCCUUGAUGAUAUUAGGCCAUCCUCUCUGGCUAGUGACCGCCUGCUUGCCAGCACGCUUGUACAUUCAGUCAGGAGGCAGAAAGACUUCAGAUCCAUCUUUGACCACAUGAAGGUUUCGUUCUCCAACAAAACCUCUCCAGAGUCAUUUAUCUACCAUGUGGUGUCUCUAGUACAGUUUGUCAAAGAGCAUUAUUUCAAGGGUGACGGAAAGACCCUCAGUGAGAGGUUUGCAGGGUAUCAGACAGGCACAGAUGAGCAUGCCAGCCGUCCAAAGAGCCCAGAAAUUCACCGGAGGAUAGAUCUGUCACACAACAUCCAAAGAAAACACACUUAUAUGCAGAAUGAAGACAAGGCCUUUGCAGUGAAGGAAGAGCCGUCCAAGAUAGAAAAGAAAGUAAGGAGUACCGCGGUUGAUCUGCGGGGUGAUACAGACCGUCGUAAGAAAGAGCACAGUAAAGAACGAGGGGACUCCAAGUGUUCUCGGGAAUCUAGUGAUUCUCGCAAGAGAGAGAAGGCCCAGAAAGAGCACAAGGAAUUGAAAGUGUUCAAGGAUGACAACAAAAGAAGAAAAGAUCAUGAGCCAUCUCCUUCUCUGUCUGAUGAUGAAAAAGACAAUAAGAAGGAAAGCAGAGAUGAGGAAUUCAAAGGCCCAGUGGAGCCCAAAGAAUAUCCAGGUUUUCCAGGCAACAGUAGGCCCAGGGGCACAUUUGAGUCCAUGUCAGAUUCCCAUGGCUUUUCAUGGUAAAAGCAGAUGGAUGCAAAGGCUUGACUUGUGUGAUGUGACAAGACCAUAGGAUAUGCCAUAAAUAUGAUGUCGGAUGGCCCCUUCUACUUCUUUAAAACCAGUACAGGAUAGAAAUGGAAACUCUGGACAGUUUCAGUAUUUCCAAAACAAUACUGUGUUUCUUUCAUUUUCCAUAAACUUUGACAGUAGCUGGUCCCCUCUUCCUUCUUUACCCUGCAUUUACAAAAAUGAGGGGACAUAGUUGUAGUGGUUAUAGUCCCACCAGACAUUUAUGCCAUGUCCUAUAUCAGUGUUUUUUUAGUUGUACUUCUCAAGUAUCUCUAACAGGUUAUGUUUCAAGAAUUUUACUGAUUAUGUAAGGAAGUUCUUCAAGGUUUUGUCUGCAAAAUAUUUAAAGCGUACUUGUCAUUUUGAAGGAUGUAACUACCUACAUGAUUUUGUUAGAAUAACCCUUCACAGUGGUGACAAGGCGAGUUUAGUGCUCUCACUGCUGUUAAGCCCCAAUGAGUUCCCUCCAUGGUACACAUGAUAGGCAUACUUAGCAUUUCAGAAGGGGGUGUUUCCUUCUCUCGCCAAUCAAAGCAGAGCACAUACUCCUCUCUGCUUUACUAUAACAUAGUGCUUGCACUUUGUUGAGCUAAUGAUUUACACAGUACAGUACUAAAUGGCAAGUGUGGGUAGAAGGGGUUACUGGUGCAUAAGGAUUUCAACGUGUUAUGAGAACAGGAAUGGAAGAAACAGUAAUAGCAGGAUAACAGCAAGGACAGAGUUACACUAAGCACAGAGCAGCUGCUGCUGAAAAGCUAAAGGAAGGGAUAGCGGGAGAUAACACUGCAGUACUAUUGACAUACAGCAUCAGGUUCACUAGUAUGUACAAGGUACAGCUACCCUAAGCUUUAUUAAUGGUGAGAGAUGAGAUGGAAACCUUUAUUUAUCCUUUAAGGAGCAGUGUGGAAUAUGUUUAGUAGGCACACUGGCUCACCGCAGUUACAUAGGCCAGUCUUUCUCUUCCUCUGUUGCAUAUAGUUUAGACUAAAUCUAUACUCCCUCUGUAAUUUGUCUUUGUCUAGCUGUUAAGAGAAAGAUUUGCCCUAACAGGCAGUGGACAGCAGAUUGCAGAGAAGGUAGACACCUAGUGGCCAAGACUUUAAAGGUCUUUCUGCAGUAAGGAGUUAUUUUUGGUUAAUAAAGUAAUGAAGGGAAAUUGUUUGAAACAGUGACCAUUUAAAGACAGGCUCAGGUUGGCAAAAAAUUUAGCAAAAGUGAUACUCACCUGCCUCAAUUCCCCACUGUAUGUAAUUCUUAAGGUGCCUGGUCAUAGCAUUGUAGCACUUCUUGUCUUCGUUUUGACGUGCAGAAAGUGUUUGCUUCACCAGUCACUGACCGUGAUACAUCACGGUCAAGCUGACAAAGCAGGGUAAGAGAGCAGGUGAGAAUCCUUUUUUUUUUUUUUUUUUUUUCCCCCUUCAUUGUUUUCCAGCCAAAAGACCUUUAUAGUCUAUAGUUGCUUUGUUCAACUUACAUCUAUUCUUCCUGAUUACACCAUACGCUCACUGCAGGAUAGAUAGCUGCAGCCUGAUUGAUCUUUGGUGGCUUGUCUGACAUCUGUCAGGGAGAGCUGCAAGGCCCCACAUACGCAUUGUACAGUCAGCCAGUCAAAUUUCGAUAGGUUCAGCAAACUUUUUUCUCUAACGUGUAUGGAAGCAUAGCUCAGGGAUCUUUUGGCCAUGGCUUGUUGGCUUAUUUGAGGACUAAAGUUAAGAAACACUGUCUUAUUGAUAAAUUCUAAAUGUUACACAUCCAAAUAAAAACAAACAAAAUUGAAAACCAUGCCUGUUAAUGACAUCAUCUGUCUUUGUUAUACCAUGUUUGUUGUAGUGGAGGUAUAACGUGCAUUGUAUUUGCCUACAGUAUUUUUUAUUUUUAUUUUUUGGCUCCAUUAUCAUCAUUGCUAAAGUACUCUGCAUUUGUGAAAUAUGGCUUUUAUUUACAGGGUCUAUUGUUAAACAUGAACCCCCAACUGAAAAUAAUCUUACUGUCUUUAUAUGCAUUAGUACUAAUAGAAAAAAGCUGAGGCAUGUGGCCAUACAUUUUAUAAACUACAUUGCCAGCAGUUUCUUUCAUACACAAAUACAUUGACCACAUAAUCGUCUUUGCCAUGUUCAAAAGGAACACUUCACCAAUUAAACCA